UCUCCAUGUCUAUCUCAUUCCCUCCUAUAAUCUGUCUGUCUCUCCCCCCAUUUCUCUCCAUCUCCAAUUUUCCUCCCUUCCCACCAGGAGAAAAGUAAGGGCACCAACAACAACAAACCAACCAGAAAGACUUGUUACCUCUAUCGUUAACCCAAAAAAAAAUAAAGAAAAGAAAAGAAUUACCCCACCAUCCCCGCCGGCAACGCAGCCGAUAUCUCUUCCACUUCCUUUCCUCUUCAAAAACAUUUAAUAUCAUGUCACCCACAUCAACAACAACAACUAAAAAAACAACACCCAUCAACAUCCCAAGAAUUGCUUCUAACGGCACCACCACCACCCAAGCUUGCGCUGCCUGUAAAUACCAGCGAAGAAAGUGUGCUCCCGACUGCAUUCUUGCUCCUUAUUUCCCUCACGACCGCCAACAGCAGUUCCUCAACGCUCAUAAAUUGUUUGGCGUUAGCAACAUCACCAAGAUCAUCAGAAACCUCGACCCUCCUGAGAAGGACGCCGCCAUGCGCACCAUUAUUAUUCAGUCUGAUGUCCGUGCCAAAGAUCCCGUAGGCGGUUGCUGUCGGAUCAUACGCGACCUUCACCAUCAGAUUUUGUACACCAAGACCGAACUCGAUAUGGUUCUUCAUCAACUCGCAAUUUGCCGAGCACAAGUCCAACAACAACAACAACAUUUGCAGAUGCAAGAAACCCACGAAACCCUUGCCUGCGACAUUGUCAACCCAGAUCCUUUCGCCUCUUACAAUUCCAUGUCUUACAAUGAUUAUCUUCAACCUCAUGACCAAGACCAACAAUACGUUGUGGACGAUCAGCACCAAUUGCAGCAAGAUGUCAAUGCAUGGGCCUUGCAAGAUUCAACAUUGUUGUCAUCAUCCUCAUCAUCUGGGAAUAUUGUGAAGCAUAAUCUGGUUAGCGAAUGCGAUGAACAUGCAGAGCCGGUUGUUGAAGUGGUGGGUAGUGAGAGACAUGAGCAUAUCAAGUUUGAGCCUGAAGAGUUAGUGGAAACGAGAUUCGUAGCAUCAACCCAGUUGCUUAUAUCGUCCUAGACUAUUAAUUUAAUUUGCGGCAAAAAACAGGGGAGAAGAUAUUCCAACGUGGGUUGACGAAUAGUCCCUCCCUUUGGUUUAA